AUGGCUCCGCAGGCUCCGUCCGCAGGCGCUGGAGACGCCAUCGAGCUGUCCGUGUCUCGACAGGCGAGCCACACCGAACAUGACGAAAAGAGUGCGGCGCGCAUCACGGACGAGGCCGGCGACCUUGCCGUCCAGGCCAUCGCGGCCGGCGAGCCAGACGCCGCCGCGAGCAAACGCGUCCUACGCAAAAUCGACGCUCACAUCCUCCCAUUCCUAUGCGUCACCUACGCCCUGCAGUUCAUCGACAAGACGUCGCUGGCCUACUCGUCAGUCUACAACAUCAUCCGCGACACCAAUCUCCAGGGCCAGCAGUACAGCUGGGCAAGCAGCAUCUUCUACUUUGGUUACCUCCUGGCCGAGUACCCCGGCGUGGCACUUCUGCAGCGUGUCUCAGUCGCCAAGUUCCUCGGUGCCAACAUUGUGCUCUGGGGCGGCGUGCUGAUGAGCACGGCCGCCUGCUCGAGCUUCGCCGGGCUCGCCUCGGUGCGCUUCAUCCUGGGUAUGACAGAGGCCACCAUCUCGCCAGGUUUCGUCGCCGUGACGGGCAUUUGGUGGUCCCGCCAGGAACAGGCCGGCCGCUCGGCGCUGUGGAUCUCCUUCUUGGGCGUUGGGGGCUGCAUCGGUGGCCUCCUCGCGUACGGCAUCGGGCAUAUUGGCGGGAAGCUGGCGCCGUGGCAGUACAUCUUCCUCAUCCUGGGCGCUGUCACGGUUGUAUGGGGCAUAGCCUUUGUGAUUUUCGUGCCCGACGGCCCGGCACGGGCCAGCUGGCUCAAGGACGAGGAUAAGAUCGUCGCCGUGCAGCGGGUGGCGGCGAACAAGACGGGAACGGGUCGCAGCAGACGGUUCGACGCAAGCCAAAUCAAGGAGGCUGCCACGGAUCCAGCAGUCAUCGUGCUCGGCCUCAUCUCGUUUGUCAACGCCAUCGGCAGCGGCGGUCUGGCGUUCGGGCCGCUCAUCGUGCAGGGCUUCGGCUUCAGUCCCCUCAACACGAUCCUGAUGCAGCUGCCUCUGUCUGUCGUGCAGACUGUCGCUCAGCUGGGAUCCGGCGUGCUGUCGAGCAAGAUUCGCAGCUCGCGGCUGCACGUGGCCAGCGUUAUCAUCGGCGCGUGCCUCAUCAACAAGCUCGCCAUUGACAACAAAUGGGGCCGGCUGGUCGGGGUUUGGUUACUGGGCAGCUACCCGGUCGGGUUCCUCGUCAUCCUGGGACUGCUCUCCAGCAACAUUGCGGGCAGCACGAAGCGGUCCGUGGCCAGCGGGUGGGUGUUUGUGUGCUACUGCGUCGGGCAAAUCUCGGGGCCGCAGUUCUUCAAGAGCAAGGAGGCGCCCGAGUACAGGAGCGGCAUCGUGGCGAUGCUGUGCGCCUUCUGCAUCAACCUGCUGCUGAACCAGGCCCUCCGGCUGCUGUACGUGCGGGAGAACAGGCGACGGGACGCGGGCCUCGCGGGGCUGCCCGACGAGACGAUUGAGGCGCUCAAGCGCGAGAGCGAGCUUCGAGGCUUCGAGGACGUGACGGACAAGAAGAACCAGACAAUGUUUCGAUACGUGCUAUGA